CCAGCACCUCUGUUGAUCCCUUAGCAGGCGAAGGAGGCCCCCAAGCUGGCACCAUGACGGAGUGUUUUGACUGCGACAACUGCAAGGAGUCCCUGUACGGGCGCAAGUACAUCCAGAUGGACAAGGGCCCCUACUGCAUCCCCUGCUACGACGCCCACUUUGCCAACACCUGCGACGAGUGCAAAGAGCUGAUCGGCCACGACUGCAGGGAGCUGUACUACGAGGAUCGCCACUACCACGAGCACUGCUUCCGCUGCUUCCGCUGCGACCGCUCGCUGGCCGACGAGCCGUUCACCUGCCAGGACGAGGAGCUGCUCUGCAACGACUGCUACUGCAGCGAGUUCUCCUCCAAGUGCAUUGCCUGCGAGAAGACCGUCAUGCCGGGAUCCCGCAAGCUGGAGUACAAUGGGCAAACCUGGCAUGAACACUGCUUCAUAUGUAGCAGCUGCCAGCAGCCCAUCGGGUCACGGUCCUUCAUCCCAGACCAGAAGGAUUACUACUGUGUCCCCUGCUAUGAGAGCAAGUUUGCUCCUCGCUGUACUCGUUGCAAAAAGUCCCUGACUAAGGGCGGAGUGACCUACCGCGACGAGCCCUGGCACAAGGAGUGUUUUGUCUGCACGGGCUGCAAGACGCCCCUGGCUGGCCAGCAGUUCACCUCCCAGGAUGACAACCCCUACUGCAUCAAGUGCUUUGGGAACCUCUAUGCCAAGAAGUGCAGCGCCUGCACGAAGCCCAUCACGGGUUUUGGAGGCGGGAAAUACGUCUCCUUUGAGGACCGUCACUGGCACCAUAACUGCUUUAACUGUGCCCGCUGCAACACCUCGCUGGUUGGGAAGGGCUUUAUCCCUGACAACGAUGAGAUCCUCUGCCGCGACUGCAGCAGCGACCUAUGAGCCUCCAAGGCCGCCGUGGGGCAGGGGCUUUCUCUACUCCUCAGGGUCUUUGUGCCAAAUAUCCCCAAUCGCAUUUCAAGGGCAGAGCACAAGGCGCAGGAGAUGAGGGCUGACCCCGAACUGCGGUGUGUUCCAAAGGGUCCCGUGUCCCUCCAUGAAGGCUAGAGUAUGCUACGCUAAGGCUCUGUGCAGAGCCAGAGCUAAAUAAAAGUGAAAAGGGAGCUUUAAGGUGCCCCAUUAUUUAGUCUUUCUUUUUGCUUCCUGUCU